GAGAGCGGAGAAGGGGCCGCUCCGCGACAGCUGAGCCGCCGGCCGCGCCCCCCCUCCACACCGCCCCCUCCCCUCCGGAGCCCUUUGAGCUCGCCAUUCAUCACCACCAGCCCCCCUGGCCAUCCACCCGUACAGAUAUCUGGAAACAUGGCUUCUGAACAUGUUAAUGGGAAUGGUACUGAAGAGCCCAUGGAUACUUCUGCCGCAGUUACCCAUUCUGAGCAUUUCCAGACAUUGCUUGAUGCUGGUUUACCACAGAAAGUUGCUGAAAAACUAGAUGAAAUUUACGUUGCAGGGUUAGUCGCUCACAGUGAUUUAGAUGAAAGAGCUAUUGAAGCUUUAAAGGAAUUUAAUGAAGAAGGUGCAUUGGCGGUACUUCAGCAAUUUAAAGACAGCGAUCUAUCUCAUGUUCAGAACAAAAGUGCCUUUUUAUGUGGCGUAAUGAAGACAUACAGGCAGCGAGAAAAACAAGGAACAAAAGUGGCAGACUCUAGCAAAGGUCCAGAUGAGACAAAAAUAAAGGCACUUUUGGAGAGAACGGGUUACACGCUUGAUGUGACUACUGGACAGAGGAAGUAUGGUGGUCCUCCCCCAGAGUCUGUGUAUGCAGGACAUCAGCCGUCUGUUGGCACUGAGAUAUUUGUGGGUAAAAUUCCAAGAGACUUAUUUGAGGAUGAACUUGUCCCCUUAUUUGAGAUAGCUGGACCUAUUUGGGAUCUACGCUUAAUGAUGGACCCACUGACUGGUCUAAAUAGAGGAUAUGCUUUUGUCACUUUUUGUAACAAAGAGGCAGCUCAAGAAGCUGUUAAACUGUAUAACAAUCAUGAAAUUCGUUCUGGAAAACACAUUGGCGUAUGCAUCUCUGUAGCCAAUAAUAGACUUUUUGUUGGCUCUAUUCCUAAGAGUAAAACCAAGGAGCAGAUAGUCGAAGAAUUUGGUAAAGUAACAGAGGGUCUUACAGAUGUAAUAUUGUAUCAUCAACCUGAUGACAAGAAAAAGAAUCGAGGUUUUUGUUUUCUUGAAUAUGAAGAUCAUAAAACAGCAGCUCAAGCCAGGCGUAGAUUAAUGAGUGGAAAAGUGAAAGUCUGGGGAAAUGUCGUUACAGUAGAAUGGGCUGAUCCUAUAGAAGAUCCAGAUCCAGAAGUUAUGGCAAAGGUAAAGGUCUUGUUUGUACGAAACCUUGCAAAUUCAGUCACAGAGGAGAUUCUAGAAAAGGCCUUUAGUCAGUUUGGAAAACUGGAGCGAGUGAAGAAGUUAAAAGAUUAUGCAUUCAUUCAUUUUGACGAACGUGAUGGUGCUGUAAAGGCAAUGGAAGGAAUGAAUGGCAAAGAUUUAGAAGGAGAAAAUAUUGAAAUAGUUUUUGCAAAGCCACCAGAUCAAAAAAGAAAAGAACGAAAAGCACAGAGACAAGCUGCUAAAAAUCAAAUGUAUGAUGAUUAUUACUACUAUGGUCCACCUCAUAUGCCCCCACCAACAAGAGGUCGUGGACGAGGAGGCAGAGGUGGCUAUGGAUAUCCCCCUGACUACUAUGGAUAUGAAGAUUAUUAUGAUUACUAUGGCUAUGAUUACCAUAACUAUCGUGGUGGAUAUGAAGAUCCAUACUAUGGUUAUGAAGAUUUUCAAGUUGGAGCUAGAGGAAGGGGUGGUAGAGGAGCAAGGGGUGCUGCUCUUUCCAGAGGUCGCGGGGCUGCUCUUCCCCGUGGCAGAGCCGGCUAUGCACAAAGAGGUGGUCCUGGAUCAGCAAGAGGUGUUCGUGGUGCGCGAGGAGGUGCCCAGCAACAAAGAGGCCGCGGGGUACGUGGUGCAAGGGGUGGCCGCGGUGGAAAUGUAGGAGGAAAGCGCAAAGCUGAUGGGUACAACCAGCCAGAUUCCAAGCGGCGCCAGACCAAUUAUCAGAACUGGGGCUCCCAACCCAUUGCUCAGCAACCGCUCCAAGGUGGUGAUCAUUCUGCAGGGAAAAGGGGUCGAGGCCGGUCCUGACCUGUUACAAUGAAGACUGACUUGCUAUGUGGGAUUACACCAGAAGCUUGCAGUGGAGUAAUGGUAAGGAAAAUCAAACAACCUUAAAAGUAUCUCGGCUGUAUAGGAGCAAAUUAUUUUGGAGAAGAUCCUUCGUGUGAAGAUCAUGGAGUCAAAUAUGGGACACUUGGACUUUGAUAUGAAUUUCUUUGUUUUCUCUGCAGUGCAAACUAUACAUCUAAAGCUAAUAUUUCCCAAUGUGUUCAACAAAAUUCUUUAUCUUUAGCAUGGCCUCUUUAAAAAGUUUUCUUUACAAAAUCUGCUUAAAGUAGAUUUUUCCUCCCCCGGUAUUUUUAAAAUGGACCCCACAAAUUGUAUUCUCUUAUUGCUCUGAAAUUUUUAUUGCAGUGAUAUUAGGUGAAUGCCCUCAUUGGUAUCCUUAACUCUUAUUUCUGCUCAUGAAGGUUAAUCAUGGUUGUCUUAUAUAGUAAUCACUUUGAAAUGUGUUCAGAUACAGCAGUUUCAGGUGUAAUCAUCAGAGCUGGUUAGUCAGGCAUUCCAGAUAGUGGUUCUUUUCAGAACCUUUUUUAAAGGGUUGGUUAACUACCUCAGUAGCAGAGGAUUGAACUAUACCCUAUCUGUACUGUACAUAGAAAAUCUUUGUAGAUAAAACCAAGGCUUGUUUAAUUAUGACAUGAGGGUUCAAAUAUAUACCAAAUGUAACAUUCUUAGUUGCCUUUAAUUUCAGAGGCUUUGUAAGACUCCCUCAUGUCCAUCAUAACAGGCCUUGCUUUUGUCGUAUUUUGUGGCUGAAAAAGCAGCCUUGCUUCUUCAGAUAUUGUAGUUAUUUGGAUGUAUAAUAGUUUAGCGAGAUGUUACUUUUUGUAAGACAUCAAAUGUUCAAAAAAAGUGCAUCAGCAACUUGUACUAAAUACUGCAGUGUCCCUUUAUAAAAGGUCAGACUAAAACUGACAACUGUACAGUGAAGCCUGACAUUUGGAUAUUUUGAAGUUUUUCAUAAAUCAUAGAAAAUAGUAUAUGGCUGUAGUUUAGCUUUUUAGGUAACGGUAUGUUUUCUCAUUAGUGCAUUUCUUACUGCUGAUUGCUGUAAAAACAGGCAGAUCAGCUUUCCAUUUUCUCUUUAUGCAGAUCAUGAUAACCUGUAGAGUAGAAUACAAUCAUUUGUGCUAUGUUUUACUUUUCUAAAGCACCUUGAUGACAGUGAGUGUUAAGUGGUGAAACAUCCUCUAUUGAAUCACCCUUCCAAAAAGUUCUGUCAAGUCCAAACAUGCAUAGAUAAAAUAAUUAUGACUUGGUAUGGACAUGACAAAGAGCUUCCCUUCUACCCUUCCCCAAAGGGAUACUGCAGUUGUUACAUAUCUGUAGGCACCACAGUAAGAACUGAGACACCUAAUUAAGGUUUUAUACACACCAGGUCCCCAGUAAAUGAAAAAAAUUAACAAAAAAUAGAUGUCAUAUGUUAAAUGCUCAUUGCAAACAAUCAUUUUGCAUUCCUGCAAAUAAAAUUGUUUUAUACUGUAAGCUGGAGGCAAGUGUAACUUAUUUUUGUAAUAAAGUUUUUAUUUUUUUUAUGUGUCAUUAAUAUAAAUGUGUGUUAGUGCAGAAAUCUUCUGAUUUAAACUCGUGCGCACACAUUUCAGUAUGUUUACUUGUAUUUACAUUUUUAGAAUAGUGGUUUUUAGUAGUCUGUCUCUCUUACAUUAAUUGAAUUUUUGUUAUCUUAAUAAACCAUUUUAGUAUAUUGUAUGUCAAUUACUGGGAUAGCUGGGACAUAAAGUGUAAUUUAAAAUGUGUCAAGUAUUCAUGGGAAUAUGUAAAUGUGCCUUGCUAGUUAAGAAAGAAACUAAGUGGCUAAAUGGUAAAGGCAUUGUUUAAUGAGAUGCCAACUGCCACAGUUUCAUAUACUGCCCAUGAAGAAGUACUACUCUCCAUAAUUGAACAUGAGUGUUGCAUCCGCUUCCAAAAUCUUAAACUUGAUAGGAUGAGGCUUAUGGAACGUAGGUUUGCUAAAUGUAGCCUUAAAUAUAACUGAUUUCUUUGUAAUCCUUGGUGCUGGUAGUCCCAGUGCCAAGGAGGUUUAAAUCCUCCCUUCAAUGAGGCUGUUGUGCCAACUGGCAUCUUUACUGUCAUAGUCUUAUAAGGAGCACUGUCAAGCUGUUUAUGCCAGAUUUGUCUUGAUAUCUAAUGGAGGUGUAGGAAGAAGGGGAAGCCUUCUGACUUGAAUCUUCCAUAUCUCUCCAUUGCUGAAAAACAAACUUUUCAUAGUUGUUCAAGCAUUGUUAAUUGUGGCUUGGGGAAAAAAAGAAUAUGAUCAAUUGGUCUUUUCAGAACUGUGUUUUCAGUUGAUGCCAAUGGAAAAUUAAAUUUCAUAAUAUGCAAGCUGAAAUUGUGAUCAUCUUCAGCUGUGAUAAUGGGUUGGGGGGGCGGGAUGCAUGAUGAAACUGACUGAAACUGAUCAGUAUAGUUUGUAAGCAAUGGUGAGUAAUACGUACCAGAAUCUUGACAGUGUUCUUAAUUAUGAAUUCAAGCCAUUAUGACUUUUACAAUUAAAUAUUAUUUGCACUGUU